AUGCUUUGUCGUAUCCAAUUCAUCAACAAUGAAAGAGGACCGUGUCCGUUGGCGACGCAGAUUCUAAAUCUCGAAAUGGGGACGAGCCUUUCAAUAUCCCGACCGGAUCACCGAUUAUUUGAUCUCAUUUGGCCACAGAGAUCCUCGAGAUCAAGACGCGAUGCUUCUCCGCGUCCUUUUGGUGCUGGCCAGCGCCUUUAUUCACGUCCAAUCGGCUCAUUACGAACUGUAUUCGGAACUUCGUCCGGACGAACGUUGGUUUCUCGACGAUACGAAAUUAAUCCCCGUUAGCUGCGAGAAUGGGGACUGCAGCGCUCUUUUCAACAAGCACAACAAGCACAAGAUUGCGAAGCGUGCCGCCGUUCAGGUAGAAACCAUGAAGGAUUACAUCAAAUUUCUGUUGCGCGGCAACAAAACAAAAGACGACGACACCAACACCGACCCGUACAGGACUGGCAACAUCACUUUAGGCGUGGUGAUAGAAAAGAGCUUUAUCGGAAAUCUGGAAACGUUCACCAACAUCUUUGAUGUCGCCAGCAUGCCGUCCAGUCCUGAAAUAGAUUAUCUCCGUCUACAGAAAUUCAACGUUACUUAUCUCAAUCCGAGAGAUAAACUGCCAUCAAAUAUCAACGCUGUCCUAUCUAUUUUGCCCUGCGACGUUCUUACCCGUUUCGACAAGAAUCUCGCCAGCCUCCCGAUCCUCCACAUCGCCAUUACAAGCGAUAAUUGUCCUCGAAUCACUCGUUGGGCCGUUUUGAUGGUACCGGUGGUGAAAACGGGAGGUGAACUGCCUCAAAUUUUUACUGAUUUGCGUUUAAGCGACACACUUAACUGGAAGGAAGCGGUCGUUAUUGCAGAGGAGCACGCAAAUAAAGAGUUAUUUGAUGGGUUGGUCGAUAGCUUGAGCCGCCCUGUUCAUAAGAAAGACCCUCUUGCUAUAACUGUCGUUAAACUGCAUGGCCCCGUUGCCUUGAGGAAAAAGAACUUUGAAUCUCAGUUGCUGAAUCUGCAGGUCAGGCCUAAAGGUCGUAAUUUCAUCGUGGUAUCUAAACAAGACACUGCGUUAUGGGCGUUUGAUGCGGCUAGUGACGUUGGAUUGGUGAAUCCUUAUUCCCAAUGGUUGUUCUUAAUCACCGAUUCUACUGAUCCUGCCAUUUUCUUGCCGAAUGUGGAAGAUGGACAGAACAUAUCUUUUUUGUACAACAUCUCUGAUAUAGAAACAACAGCCAACGCAAACUCAUCGGAACGUGUUAAUGACCUGCCAUGCUACACUUCAAAUCUAUUGCAGGUGUAUGUGAAGGCUCUUCAUCAGGUGAUCCGAGAAGAAGAGACGCACUAUUUUCAAACCACCGAAGACGACUGGAAUAGAUCGAAACCGUCAGCUGGUGAUCGCAGAAACAACAUCUUUCGAACUAUACAAAAUAUGUGGAAAGACGCGACUAAAUGCUCAAGUUGGCUAAACUGGGCUAUAAAGGCUAUCGAAAUAAAAGAAACGAAAAAGCCAACGCUCUUGGAUGUCGGGGUCUGGGACGCAGCCCAUGGUCUUGUCGUCUACGACGAUUUCUUCCCCCAUUUCACUGGAGGACUUCGCCAGCGUGUCAUCAACGUUACGACUAUGGAGUUUCCUCCGUGGCAAAUCUUUGAACGAAACAGCCACGGGAAGGUGGUACGCCACACUGGUUUGGUUUUGGAACUGACGAAAGAGCUUGGAAACCGUCUGAAUUUCAGCGUCAAUGUUGUGGAACCCGCUGAUGGUAAAUGGGGCUCUCGACUUAGCUUCAGUCGGUGGACUGGCAUGGUGGAACAAGUUCGGACAGGAUCGGUAGCGUUUGCUGCUGCAGGAUUCACUGUCACAGCCGAUCGAAUGAGUGCCGUCAAUUUUAGCAUGUCUCUAGACGCCCAGCCUUACACUUUCAUGUUUGCUCGGCCUAAGCAACUGAGUCGUGCGUACCUCUUCAUUCAGCCUUACACUCCAAACGCUUGGAUUACAAUUUUUGCCAUGACAAUUGGUGCAGGUCCGUUGAUCUGGGCCUUCAAUAAAAUCACCCCGUUUUAUGACUUCUACCCUGAUCGUCCAGGAUCGCCAAUUUUUAGCAUCUGGUAUAAUAUUUGGUAUUGUAUCGGCGCGUUGCUUUUUCAGGGUCAAAGAGAAAUGCCUAUCGCUCUGAGCGGUCGAAUGGUAGUAGGUUUCUUUUGGCUUUUCGUGAUCGUAGUUUUGACUGCCUACUCAGGAAAUCUUGUCGCUUUUUUGACAUUUCCCACGUACACCAAUCCUAUCAACACUCUGCAGGAUCUGAUCGACAAUAAAGGCUCCCUUACUUGGGGCAUCCUUCGUGGAACGGCCCUGGAAGAUUACCUCAAGACAUCGGAUGAAAAAAUGUAUAGAGAACUUUAUGAAGGUGCCAUUCUGCAUGAUACCGCAGACGAUGUGCUUUUGGACAUGAUACGAAAUCAGCAGCAUGUCUACAUUGAGUGGAAGACUAACCUUCAAUGGCUAAUGAAACAGGAUUUCAUGAAAACCAAUUCGUGCGACUUCUCUUUAGGUACUGAAAACUUUUUCUUGCAGCAAGUUGCCUUAGCUUUCCCCAGAGAUUCUCCUAUUUUAGAGAGGGUCAAUCUCGAGAUUAUUUAUAUGCAACGCGGUGGACUUAUUGAACAUUGGCGUCAGGAAUUUUGGCCGUCGGCCGAUCGCUGUUCUGAAACAGCUACCGGAGGUAGUGACGGUGACACCAUCCAAGCCAUCAGCGUAGCCGACAUGCAAGGAUCCUUCUACGUCCUCUUUUUUGGUUGUGGUUUAGCGGCCGUUUCAUUCAUCAUUGAAAGACUAAUUCAUCGCAGCAAAGAAAAACGAGAAAGCGAAGUUAUACGACCAUAUUUGAAUUGAAGUGGGUCAUUGGCGGUUAACAAUGUAUCCCAUAAUAUUUAUCCCAAAUUUUCAUCAUUGGCACAUUCAAUUUCACAUACUCUUUCAAAUAACUUAUAUAUCCAGAUAAAUCACGUAGAUGGACGCAUGCGCAACAUGAAAUCUAGAAAUGGCCGAGGUAUACAACUGGCAUAUGUGCACUAUAUUAUUCUCUAUCUCUUUGACAUAAAGCUUCAUGAAUUUACCUAGACUGCACAACUUUGAAAUUUAAUUCCAAGGUUCACACAGGUAUAAAAUAAACAAGUUAACUUAG